CGGCCUGGAUGUUCGGACGUCCUUCUCAAACAGACUGUCUCCCUCUUCCCAAAACAACACACAACUAAAUAAGUUAGUGAAGUGUAUUGUGAGAUAUUUGUUCACUCGCAUAUGUUUUUAUUGUUAACGUUAACAAAAGGCGUUUAAGCUGCGUACGAGAGAAAAGAGACACACUGAGGUGGGCCACCUGAUCCAGGGUGAGGGAUUUAUUUUCCUUCUGCAUUCCCGAUGGAGACCUACAGAGUAACUGGAAUUCCUGACAGUGGGUCACAGCGGGGUUACACUCAGCCUCCUCGCUCCUCCAGGCCUCACAGUAAUGGAGCUGGGACAUAUGGUCUCAGCAUCCGCGUCCAGGGCAUAGAUGGACACCCUUAUGUAGUUCUGAACAACCAGGACAGAGGCCCUCAAUCUUAUAUCGAUCCUAACAGUAAUGGGUAUAUUGACACUGAAAGUUCUUUUAUUGAUAACUACCAUGAGUAUGAUUUCAGAGGAGGCAAAGAGGCUGACUCUAACAGCCCCUUUGUGGAGUACAGGUCUCAGAAGAUGAUGCAUUACACUGGCCCUCAAAAUGGCCUUGCCGAUUCACAAGCAAAGAAAUUGCCCAACCUUCUGAAUUUUCAGAAGCACCCUGAGAUACUGCAGCCAUAUGAUCCACAGACCAACUCCCUAAACCUUGAAGGGUUUAACAGCCUGCCUUCAAGGCCUCUGUCUCUGGCUGAGACUAGAAACCAACGCCAAAGUUCCACUUUCAGAUCUGUUGUACCUGCUGGAACCCGUGCUAGGUCAUCAAGCCUUGACCGGAAUAAAGCUUCUGCACAGUUGGACAAAAGGCAACUUUCAUCCUGGAGCCAGAUAGAGACAGUUCCUGCUAAGCCUAAAUCACAGUGUUUGCCUCCAGCACAGCUUGAUCAGCCCCAGGAAAGAUCACAGGCACAAGUGGCUCAGCCACAGACUAAACCUUACCUCACUAACUUCAGUCCACUUCAGAUGAAGCCAACUUCAAAACCUCAGUCUCAGCAUCAACUGACACUUCCACCCCAGCCUCAAAUAUCUUCUGUUUCAAGUCCAAUAAAUGAACAAAGCAAGACUUCAGUGAGGUCUCCCAGCUCCAUGAGCAGUGCAGACUCCAGACUGGAGUGCACCCACCGUGAGCCAGAUGUUCUUCCUCUACACAGGACUGAUUCCAGUGGACCCGUUCUUCAGUCCUCAACCCAAUCCCGACACGCCUCCUCCCCUUCCUCCAAGACCCUCCUUGAUGACCAGAUGGAUGCUCUGUAUGCGGACACUAUCAACCGUCAUGAGAACCGGCGCUACAUCCCUUUCCUUGCUGGUUCAGGGAGAGACAUCGACACUGGUUCCAUUCCAGGUGUUGAUGAACUAAUUGAGAAGUUUGAUGGCAGCCAACAGCGACAAGGCAGGGCCGGGCGCAGGAACAGGAUUAAACCAGAGGACAGGAAGCGCUCACGCAGUGUGGACAGUGCCUUGCCAUUUGUCCUUGAAGGAGACUCCACUUAUAUGCAUGAGUUCAGUCACCAUCGAGGCACAUCUAGUGAGCAUGUCCUUCGGCCAUCACAGCUACGGCUGCAGAAGACAGCUGGCAAUCAGAACUCAUGGGUCAUGGCUGUAGAUGGUGAACUUGAUUCCAGGGCUUCAUCUCGUGGUGCCAGUGCACCUGGUUCUCCACAGAGCACCGUCUCAAGAGGUGUCGGCUCCAUUCACAGAUAUAGAAAGCCACAGACUCACUUCUCUUCUGUACCAUUCAAGAGCAAAGAGAGCGAAGAAAACACCUUUUCAGCUGGCACUAAUGUCACAAAGGCCUCAACAUCGCUAUCGAAGUCCGCUUCCACUGCAGACAAAAAAACCACUACAGAUGGAGACCCUCAGGUGACACCUGAUCUUCUAAAAGGUCAGCAGGAGCUUUCACAGCAAACACACGAAGAGACAGCAAAACAGAUUCUCUUCAGUUACCUUAAGGAAGGGAGUAAUGAAAAUGAUGAAGCAACUAAGAGGAAAGUUAAUCUUGUGUUUGAGAAGAUUCAGACGCUGAAGUCCCGAGCAACAGCAAGUUCACAAGUCGAUGACAAAUCAUUAAAUGUUGCUGCACAGACCAAAGCACUGCAAGAGCAGAAUGCUGCGCUGGAGAAAGAAUUGGCAAACUCAAAGAGGCAACUGGAGGAUCAGUCCAAGAAGAGUCAGUUGGAGGCUGAGAAAAAGUCAACAUCUCGUUUGACGGAACUGCAGCAGCAGCUGGAUAGAAGUGCUGAGGAGUGCAAAAGGCUGAAGGAGAAAUUGGCUAAAACAGAGGCCGAGCUUCAGAACACAGUUGAAGAGCUUUUCCAGGUGAAGAUGGAGAGGGAGCAGUACCAGACAGAGAUCAGAGACCUGCAGGACCAGCUGUCAGAGAUGCAUGAUGAGCUGGACUCAGCCAAGAAGUCAGAUGCUGAUGGAGAGAAAGAUGCACUGAUGGCGGACAUGAUGCACCUGAAGGUGGAGAUACAAGAAGCUCUCCUGGCCAAGGAAGAUCAGGAGGAGGUGCUGAGGAGGCGUGAGAGGGAGCUGACCGCUUUGAAAGGAGCUCUGAAGGAGGAAGUGGCUGCUCAUGACCAGGAAGUGGACAAACUCAAGGAGCAGUAUGAGAAGGAAAUAACCAGGCUAAAGACAUCUUUGGAGGAGGCCAAGCAGAGCAGUGCAGCAGUGACCCGUGAGAAGGCUGAAAUGGAGGCAGCCAAGGAUGUGGUUGAGGGUCAAGCCGGACGUUUGACACAGGAAGCAGACCAACUACGUAAACGAGCACAAGAGCUGGAGAACGAGGUGGCCAAACUCAACCAGAUCAUUGAUGAGGCCAAGUUACAGGAGAGCAGGCUGUGGGACAGACUCAGCAGGCUGGAGAGAGAGAAGAAGCAACUAGAAGAGUCUUUAGCAGAAAUCAGGGAGCAAGAAGAGGAGAUGUCACGUGCCAAUCGAGCUUUGACUAUACGGCUAGAGGAUGUUCAGAGGAACCUGACAAAACUCAGCAGUGAACACAAGGAGCUAGAGGAGAUGUUUCAAGAAGAAAAGAAUCAGAAGGAGAAAUUCAAGAACAUGAAGAAUGGCAUUGAGGAUGAGAGGAGGUUGUUAGACCAAACAGUGGAGAAACUGCAGAGGGAGAUGAAUGAGAUUGUGGAGAUAUCUCAGCUGUCCACUCGGGAGCUGCAGGAGCAGAUUGACAUUUACAAGGAGAAGAACCGCCGGGAGCUUGCUGAACUACAAAGACUUCUAAAAGAGAGAGGACAAGAGCUAGAAAAGUCUCACCAGGAAAUGCAAACCCUCAAAGAAGAGCUGUCACAGCGGAAGGAGAACCUGCAGCAGUGUCAGAUGGAACGAGACGAGGCUCUGACCCGGGAGAAGGCAAUGGAGAAAAAGUUUCAAGAACUGGAAGUGGAAGCUGAGACAAAUGCACAUGCUAAAGAAGACAAAUCCAGACAGCUCAAACUCAUGGAGGAAAGACUUGCCCAGCUGCAGAUGGACCUGGAUGAGGAGCGUCAGAGUGGAGACCAGCUGAUAGAAAGGAUAGACAGAGGAAGAGAGCAGGUAGAGCAGAUGAGGAAUGAACUCCUGCAGGAGAGAGCUAGCAGACAAGACCUGGAAUGUGACAAGCUGGCUCUGGAGAGACAGAACAAAGACCUGAAAAGCAGAGUGGACCAUCUAGAGGGCACGCAGAAAUCCAAUAAAGAGGGCCUGGUGGCUCAGCUGGAGGAUCGUGUCCAUGAGCUGGAGCAGAGGCUGGAGAGCGAGGAGAGAGAGCGUGCCAACAUGCAGCUUUCAAAUCGAAGGUUAGAAAGGAAAGUAAAAGAGAUGAUGAUGCAAGUGGAAGAAGAACAUCACUCAAUGCAAGAUCAAAAGAACCAAUUGAAUUUACGUCUUAAGGCCCUGAAGAGGCAGAUGGACGAGGCCGAGGAGGAGAUCGACCGACUGGAGCACAGCAAGAAGAAGCUGCAGAGAGAUUUGGAUGAGCAGCAUGAGGUCAAUGAGCAGCUCCAAAGCCAAAUGAAAGUUCUGCGAAAUGAGAUCAGACGUAAGGCCACCUCUGUGCCGCUGCUCAGCAACCUGGACGAUGAAGAUGAUGAUGAUGAUGACCUGAGCACCGAUGGAGAGACGUACUUCAGCUCAUCGUUGAUGUACAAACGCUCGGCAAGUCAGGAAAAUAUAUCCGCGUAGAGUUUGUAAAUAAACAUGUAAGCCACUGUAAAUCUAUUUUAGUUGCAUCUCAGUUGGACCAAAUUUAUCUAAAAAUAUUUGUUGCCUGUAUUUUUGUGGAAAAAGAUGUAAAGAUCACCAUGAAUGCUGGGAGAGUUACCAUCUUCACCAGGCAGAUUUAAAUGUUUGUCUUUAAAGGAAAUGUCACAGUAGAUUAACUUAAGUACAAAACACUUGUGUCCAUAAAAUUUACUCAGUAUUAUUACACCAGAUUUGAGCUGACUGGAUUAAUUAAAAAAAAUAGAA